ACUCUAUCCCUUGCCUAGAUACCAAAAAAAAAAAAAAAAAGAAAACAAAAAAUGAAAACCAGAAUUUUAAAUCCUCAAUCCACUAGCUCAUCUUCUUCUUCAACCUCUGGCUUCCUUUUCUCCCGUACUUCCACCAUGAGAUUUUAUUAGAAAACUCCAAACGUAAACUUCCAGACAUUAAUAACAACUGAAAAAAAUCUGAAAGCUCUAAAAUUUGGGUUGUUGUCUCUACAAUGGUGUCUCUGGAAGAUUCGCAUUCGGGUUCGACCCGGUUCCCUCUGACCCGAAACUACUACACGGCGGCGAACUCGCCGUCCAGAAUUAGCAGACACACCGGCCGGUCGAUGCGAACCAUUCGCUCCAACUUCUUCCAAGAUGAUCACAGCUGCUCCACCACUCAAGCCUCGGGAUUCGUGUCCGAGAACUUGACGGAAUCGGUCAUGGACAUGAGGCUCGGCGAGCUCGCCUCUCGCACUAUCAAGGCUGUUAAGUCGACUUCCACGGAAGAGGAGUUUCUCGAGCUUUCUCAGGCCUUCAGUGACUUCUCCGCCUGCAGCAGUGACAUCUCCGGCGAGUUGCAGAGGCUCGCGUGCUUGCCGUCGCCGGAGAACGCUCCGAAGAGCGAGGAAACGGCGGAAGAUUCUUUUCCGGAGCCCGAGCCUUGCCUAGGGUUUCUCCAGAGGGAGAGCUUCUCCACCGAGAUAAUCGAGAGUAUUUCGCCGGAAGAUCUGCAGCCGACGGUCAAGAUCUGCGUUGACGGACUUCAUUCGUCUUCGAUCGCCGUCAAACGAUCGGCGGCGGCGAAGCUUAGGCUCCUCGCGAAGAAUCGCUCCGACAAUCGCGCGUUGAUUGGGGAGUCCGGUGCCGUCCCUGCUUUGAUUCCUCUCCUCCGGUGUAGCGAUCCCUGGACGCAAGAGCACGCCGUCACGGCCUUGCUCAACCUCUCUCUUCACGAAGGUAACAAAUCCCUAAUUACUCACUCCGGAGCCAUAAAAUCGCUGGUAUACGUGCUGAAGACAGGGACGGAGACUUCGAAGCAGAACGCGGCGUGCGCGCUUCUCAGCCUGGCGCUAAUCGAGGAGAACAAGAGCUCCAUUGGAGCAUGCGGAGCAAUUCCGCCUCUGGUGUCUCUCCUACUGAACGGAUCGACAAGGGGGAAGAAAGAUGCUCUAACGACGCUGUACAAGCUCUGCUCAGUGAAGCAGAACAAGGAGAGGGCGGUGAGUGCCGGCGCGGUGAAGCCGCUAGUGGAGCUGGUGGCGGAGCAGGGGACGGGCCUGGCGGAGAAGGCGAUGGUGGUGUUGAGCAGCUUGGCGGGGAUUCCGGAAGGGAGGGAAGCCAUAGUGGAGGAGGGGGGGAUCGCCGCCCUUGUUGAGGCGAUCGAGGAUGGCUCGGUGAAGGGGGAAGAGUUCGCGGUGUUGACGCUGCUUCAGCUCUGCGCCGACAGCGUCAGGAACAGAGGGUUGCUGGUCAGGGAGGGUGGGAUUCCUCCUUUGGUCGCGCUUUCUCAAACUGGAAGCAUGAGAGCUAAGCACAAGGCUGAAACGCUUCUUGCGUACUUGAGAGAACCGAGACAAGAAGCUUCAUCUUCGAGUCCUUAAAACUGAAACAGAGUUAAAAACUUACUACUUAGACAAGAACUUAUACAGUGUGGAAGGUUGUUUGUGUAUAUAGGGAGGUUGGCUUGUGUUAUUUGGGUUCUAUUUUCAUCUUCUUCUUCUUCAAUUGUUUGUACAGCGUGGUUGAUGAACUAGGAAGAAUGAAUGUACUGGGAGAAAAACUAGAGGGAAGCUAGUGAGCAAAAAAUAUGACCUUUUAGACGUAUGAUUUUUAGCUAUGUUUUGGGGUUUUUUUUUUUUUUUUUUUACUACCCCGAUUUUCCCUUUUUUGUUAACUUUGAUUUUCUAGUGGUGGCAAUGUGUGCCCUGUGGGUUUUGGGUUUAAUCAGAUUUGGGUUUGGAUGACUCAAAUGUUGUUGAAAAGGUUUAUUAGUCUUUUUUCCCCUAGUGAAAAUAGAAGAAAUCAUGCCAUUACUUGGAGCAUGUUUUCAUUUGGUGAUUUAACUUGUAGCUUCAGUUUGUGUUAAAUUCAUCGAUGAUCGAUGUACUAGUACACAUAUAUACUGCAUCAGUUGAUUUCUUUUACUGGAA